AAAUGAUGUCUCUCCUUCAAUUGAUGAAAAAUUAUAUCUAAGUAAUAAACAUCUUAUCUGACGCUGAUAAUUUUUCAAUCAGUUCUGAAACUUAGCUACCUGAUAAAGCUAAAAGUGAUUUCCUAUCAGCUUUUGUAAAACUAAAAUAAAAAUAAAAUACAUCAGAGUAUUUUAUUCUAUCGAAAUUUCCAAAUAAUAAAUUCUAAGAAAACUGUGUGCACAGUUGGUCAAUAGACACUAUUUGCUAACAACCUUGAUAACAAUCGUCAUUGAAAUUAAUGACAGACGUGAAACUAUCGAGAAUGGUAUACACUGCUGUUAUUGGAAGUUAUCUGCAAAUAUAUGACGCUCUUUGACAAAACGUGUUUUUACAAGGGAUACAAUGAGAAUUUCAUAGCAAUUGCUCGUCUUUGGAGAAGAAAAGAAAAGGAUUCGAGGCUGAAUUUUAUACUUGAGACACGACCUCGUCCAUACCUUGGAAGUAACAACAUUUUAUGCUCGUUCCUUAACACCUGACUGACUCAAUCGAUAUCGACAAGAUCUCUCGUAUGAUGUUUACAAAUGUACCAGCACAACAGAUAGACCCAAGAAGAUCCCAGUUUAACAAUCGUGUACAAAGUUCAGCGUGUUCGAAGAGAGCGAUUGUGGUCACCGACUCGCUACCACCGUCAGAAUUUCCUGGUAGAUGUUACGAAGGAAACACCGAACAACCGCCAACCUGAAGCUGGAAAGAGAUAGAAAGUUUUCGCGAUACUUGGACAGCUUCCUGUCCCAAAUCCGAAAUCCUAUCAGCAGGAUAACUCAGCGUAACGAGUCUGGAAAGGAUGAAGUGACAGAAGAAGAAACAACCAGUGGUUCGUCGAACAAAGAAACCAUACAGACAGGGAGGACUGAGACACAAAGGAAAUUGAAAACAGACAACAGUGUGACCAUUGGACUGACUAAUUUGGAGAAUCCUGGACCAUCGAGGGUACAACCCAACAGGACACCACGGACGAACGCUAAUGCGAGUAAAGUGAAGAGUACUCGAGAGAAAACAACGCAAAUGUAUCAACACUCGAGCACUCAAAGGUUGCAUGGAAACGAAGACAACGAUGACGAUGCUUCGUUGUUAGAGGAUGCGAUAAGAAGACCAAAAUACAUCCUAGUCGGAUGGGAUAGUUCCCGUUCGAAGCUCAUGUUAUUCUUACUGGUACUCCUGAUCUUAUGGGCAAUUAUCUACUUUCCUUUAAUUGGAAAAUAAAGUUUAUCGAAAUUCCAUAUAAAAAUGCGCUUAAGCUGUGAUCUUAGAUUAAUUACAAUAUCAGUCGUAAGUUUCAAACGUGAAACUACUUAAUUAACGUUAACUGCUUAAUCAAUGUUGUUAAUUUGUUCGCUGUGUGCUUGCGAAUGUUGAAAAACGGUGCAAGAAUGUAAAUAUGUACAUACAGGUUCUGAGAAUAAAGUAAUGUUUAGUUUUUAAAGAAUCAGAAUGACACGAAUGCUCUGAUUUGAGAAUACCGCCAUCGAAUUGUACCACUGGCGCCAUAGAACGGCAAAGUGCUGAACUAUGAUAACAUAAUCGUUACCGGCGGAAAUCCCGCACUUUCUUUUUUUAAGAAUUAUUAUUUCUAACGCAUUACAUAAAUUGUAAUGGCAUUAUUAGAAUUAAUUAAAACCCGUAGAACGUCUCAUUAACUCCAAUAAGAUGUAAAAAUUACUUAUUUUGCAAAAAAGGCAAUUUUCUAUUUCGUCAAUUUUGCCGCGCACCGUCUGAUGGCGCGAGUAGUGCCUUUUUUUUUUAAAAAAAGGCGCAUUGAUAUGAAAUCAAAAAACGUAUAAAAACGAGGCUUGCACAACUAUUUCAGUUUAUAAAUACAGUAUUUCGAUUAAAAAUAUAAACCUUAACAAGAAAAUAGUAGUGCACUUAUGAAAGAGAGAUAGGUAAUGU